AUGGUCCAGAGCAAGUUUCUGCUCAAGCGCCGCACGUUGGUGGCAGCCAUGGUGCUGGACCUGCUUGGCCUCGUCAUCGCCUAUGCUGCCGGGUGCACCAGGGAUACCAGCACAUCCAUCUAUGUCGUUGCGGUGGCUUGCCUUGUCCUCUCCUAUGCUGUCGUCCAUAUCGCGUUAGGAGGAGAGAAGGAGAACAUGGUCACUAGACCUGUUCAUGACCUUGAUCCUGCUACGGUUGAUCCUGCUCCUUCUACUCCUGUUACUGCUACUGCUACCGCUACCACUGCUCCUGCUCCUGCUCUUCUUGUAGGAGGAGAAGGAGGACAACGUCAGCAGCGGCGACCACCACGAAGCAAGGAGCAGCUAGAUGACAAGCGUCAGGUGUUGCUGCUAAUCGCCAUCUUAGCCGGGGCACUUACCUACCAAGCCGGGCUGACCCCGCCUGGGGGCUUCUGGCAAGCGGACGAUGAUAAGCUUGGACACCGCGCGGGCUACCCAGUCCUCCUCGACAACUACCCGCGUCGCUACAAGGCCUUCUUCUACUGCAACGCGGCGAGCUUCAUGUCGUCGGUGGCUCUCAUCCUCCUCCUCGUGAACCGCAAGUUGUACAGGUUGGGUAUUCGGUGCUACGCGCUCCACGUGUGCAUGGCCGUGGGCAUGUUGGCGCUCAUGGGUGCCUACGCUUCAGGGAGCUCCCGCCAUCUCAAGACCUCCAUCUACGUGCUGACGCUGGUGGUGGUGGUGUCAGCCUCCAUACCCCUGCAGGUAGCCAUCUUCUGGUACUUCCGCAACCACGCGGACAACCGUCAAGAUUCAUUAAGAAUAAGACGACGACGAGCACGUGGACAAGAAGGCCCUGAUAAAGAGAAAGACGAGGAACUUGAGUACCUGAUGCUGCUAGCGGUCCUGGCUGCGAGCGUGACGUACCAGAGCGGCCUGAGGCCAGCGGGCGGCAUGUGGCAGGAGGACAGUGCCGCCUACUCCGCCGGCAACCCCAUCCUACGCGACAUCAACAAGCGCCGGUACGACAUCUUCCUGUAUAGCAACUCCACUUCGUUCAUGGCGUCCGUCGUUGCCAUCGUCAUGCUACUGCCAUUGACGCUGAGCGACGACGUCAAAUGGCUACAACGCUGCUUGCCAUUCCACAAGGUGGACCUCAAGUGGUCGCUCUGGCCGGUCCACACGGCCAUUUUGCUGGACAUGCUCGGCCUACUUGUGGCCUAUGCGGCAGGAAGUACCAAGAAGUGGGAGUCGUCCAGAAAUGUGAUAUUACUCGUCCUCCCCGUCCUAGCCUACAUUGCGCUCUACGCAAUGGCGGCGGCGAUAUACAUAUACAUCCGCCGUGGAUCCUCCCAGUCACAGUCACCGAGCAGGCAAGCAGGCCAACAAGCAACCAGCGUCGAGUCUUCCUCUUAG